AUGAGAGGCGAGGUCUGCCACCUUCACAUCGGCCAGGCUGGUACCCAGCUGGGUAACAGCGCCUGGGAGCUGUACUUGCUGGAGCACGGCCUCAAGGCAGACGGUCGUAUCGACCCCGAUGCCACCGACAUUGGCGAGCCCGGCUCCUACGAGACUUUCUUCACCGAGACUGCCAGCGGCAAAUAUGUGCCCCGCUCUAUCUUCGUCGAUCUCGACCCCUCGCCCAUUGAUGAGAUCCGCACCGGUACCUACCGCCAGCUCUUCCACCCGGAGAUGCUGAUCAGCGGCAAGGAGGAUGCUGCCAACAACUAUGCUCGUGGUCACUACACCAUCGGAAAGGAGCUGGUCGACACUGUCAUUGACCGCAUUCGUCGUGUCGCUGACAACUGCUCCUCUCUCCAAGGUUUCCUGAUCUUCCACUCCUUCGGUGGUGGUACUGGUUCUGGUUUCGGUGCGCUCCUGCUUGAGCGUCUGUCGACCGACUAUGGCAAGAAGUCCAAGCUCGAGUUCUCCGUCUACCCGGCGCCUCGUGUUUCGACCGCGGUUGUUGAGCCCUACAACGCCGUCCUGUCGACGCACAGCACCAUUGAGAACUCUGACUGCACCUUCCUGGUUGACAACGAGGCCGUGUACGACAUCUGCCGUCGCAACCUCGACAUUCCUCGUCCCAGCUACGAGCACCUGAACCGCCUGAUCGCCCAGGUCGUCAGCUCGAUCACCUCGAGUCUCCGAUUUGACGGUGCCCUGAACGUUGAUCUGAACGAAUUCCAGACCAACCUGGUCCCGUACCCGCGUAUCCACUACCCCUUGAUCUCUUACGCCCCAGUUGUUUCCAGCAACCGGAGCUCGCACGAGAGCUUCAAGGUUCACGACCUGACCUACCAGUGCUUUGAGCCCAACAACCAGAUGGUUGUUUGCGAUCCUCGCAACGGCAAGUACAUGGCGGUGGCUCUCCUCUACCGUGGAGACGUCGUUCCUCGUGACUGCACUGCUGCCGUCGCCUCCGUCAAGGCCAAGGCCUCCUUCAACCUGGUCGAGUGGUGCCCGACUGGUUUCAAGCUUGGUAUCAACUACCAGAAGCCAGUGCGCGUUCCUGGCGGCGAGCUCGCUCCCGUCGACCGCUCCGUCAGCAUGCUGUCCAACACCACCGCCAUUGCCGAGGCGUGGAGCCGCCUGGACCACAAGUUCGACCUCAUGUACUCGAAACGCGCUUUCGUGCACUGGUACGUCGGCGAAGGUAUGGAGGAGGGUGAGUUCUCUGAGGCUCGUGAGGACCUUGCUGCGCUCGAGAAGGACUAUGAGGAGGUUGCCAGCGACAGUAUCGAGGCGGAGGGCGAGGAGGGUGCUGAAUACUAA